AUGACGGGCAAUGCCGGGGAGUGGUGCCUCAUGGAAAGCGACCCCGGAGUCUUCACCGAGCUCAUUAAAGGAUUCGGUUGCCGAGGAGCCCAAGUAGAAGAAAUAUGGAGUUUAGAGCCUGAGAAUUUUGAAAAAUUAAAGCCAGUUCAUGGGCUGAUUUUUCUUUUCAAGUGGCAGCCCGGAGAAGAACCAGCAGGCUCUGUGGUUCAGGACUCCCGACUUGACACGAUAUUUUUUGCCAAGCAGGUAAUUAAUAAUGCUUGUGCUACUCAAGCCAUAGUAAGUGUGUUAUUGAACUGUACCCAUCAGGAUGUCCAUUUAGGAGAGACAUUGUCAGAGUUUAAGGAAUUCUCACAAAGUUUUGAUGCAGCUAUGAAAGGUUUGGCCCUGAGUAAUUCGGAUGUGAUUCGCCAAGUACACAACAGUUUCGCCAGACAGCAAAUGUUUGAAUUUGAUGCAAAGACAUCAGCAGAAGAAGAUGCUUUUCACUUUGUCAGUUACGUUCCUGUGAAUGGAAGACUGUACGAAUUAGAUGGAUUAAGAGAAGGACCGAUCGAUUUAGGUGCAUGCAAUCAAGAUGACUGGAUCAGCGCAGUGAGGCCAGUCAUAGAAAAAAGGAUACAAAAGUACAGUGAAGGUGAAAUUCGAUUUAACUUAAUGGCCAUUGUGUCUGACAGGAAAAUGAUAUAUGAACAGAAGAUAGCAGAGUUACAAAGACAGCUUGCUGAGGAGGAACCCAUGGAUACAGAUCAGGGUAGUAACAUGUUAAGUGCUAUUCAGUCAGAAGUUGCCAAAAAUCAGAUGCUUAUUGAAGAAGAAGUACAGAAAUUAAAAAGAUAUAAGAUUGAAAACAUCAGAAGGAAGCAUAAUUAUCUGCCUUUCAUUAUGGAACUGUUAAAGACUUUAGCAGAACACCAGCAGUUAAUACCUCUCGUAGAAAAGGCAAAAGAAAAACAGAAUGCGAAGAAGGCACAGGAAACCAAAUGA